GUGGGGAUGAACGAAGUAAAUGAACUGUGGGGGGAUGAAGUGCUCAGCUCAGACACCCUUUUUAGAUAAUGUGCUUGUUGGUGCCAUAGUUGGUGGGAUAGCUGACUGAGCAAAGAUCGGGUGACGAAUCUCCAGCUCUGUUUUAAAAAGUUCAGUUUCAAACUGUCAAAAUGAUCCGCUUUAUCCUGAUUCAAAAUCGGGCAGGAAAGACUCGUCUUGCCAAGUGGUACAUGAAUUUUGACGAUGCUGAGAAGCAAAAGCUUAUCGAAGAAGUUCACGCCGUCGUCACUGUGAGGGAUGCAAAACAUACCAACUUUGUUGAGUUUAGAAACUACAAGAUUGUGUACAGACGAUAUGCCGGACUAUACUUUUGCAUUUGUGUGGAUGUUCAAGACAAUAAUCUCAACUAUUUGGAAGCUAUCCACAACUUUGUCGAAGUUCUCAACGAAUAUUUCCACAACGUUUGCGAACUUGAUUUAGUUUUCAACUUUUACAAGGUCUACACGGUGGUGGAUGAAAUGUUUUUGGCCGGUGAAAUCAGGGAAACUAGCCAAACCAAAGUUCUGAAGCAACUUCUCAUGUUAAAUUCACUAGAGUAAAGUAUUCGGCAUAUAUUUAUAUGUUAGGAUGAGGACAAAGACAACCAAGGAGCAACUAAUCAAGAUAUAUUAUUCUAAUUAUGGAGACAACUGUAGAACCUCAUUUAUAAUGAUAAUGACGAUUACCGACUCAAACCCAUUCCGUUAAAACUGUUGAACCAAUAUUGUUCCUUUUUUAUUAUUUAAAUCGUAUUUAAAUAUAUUCACAGUUGGGUUUUCUACAUUAUAAGUAUUUGUAUGCAUCAGAAUUAUUUCUAUUCGGAUAAAGAUAUUGGAAAUCAUUAUAUAUGCCUCUCUGUAAUAAUAAUAAGAAAGUAUCAUAUCCCUAGUGGGGAGACUGUUGUAGUAGUAAAAAGGAAAAAUUGUUGUACCAAAACUGUAAAAUAAAGUGCAGUUCACUUUCAAGUGCAAAAUCAAUUAA